AUGAAACAGUUUGAAGAUAUGUCAUUUUUUCCUCUUGUUGUGGGUGCAGUUGAUGGAUGUUAUAUGAGAAUAAAAGCACCGAAAAAGAAUCCAGAGGAUUACAUUAAUCGCAAAGAUUAUCAUUCAAUUAUUCUUCAAGGUUUUGUUGACUGCAGAUAUCUUUUCCGAGACAUAAUCGUUGGUUGGACAGGCAAGUCUUACGACUCUCGCGUGUUUAAAAACUUUCCUUUAUACUUAGAAUGCCAGCAAAAAAGUUUCCUACCAAGUAAUUUCUCAAGAAGCAUUGUAGAAAAAGAAAUAUCUCCUUUAAUUUUAGGGGAUUCUGCAUACUCUUUGGAAGAAUGGCUAAUGAAACCUUAUUCAGAUCGCGGGAAUCUUUCAAGGGAAGAAAAAAAUUUCAACUUUUCACUGAGUAGAUCUUGUGUAGUAGUGGAGAAUGCUUUUGGUAGGCUUAAAGGAAGAUUCCAAUGCAUUUCCAAACGCUUUGACACAUCUGUUGAAAAUACUGUUAAAAUAGUAAGUGCAUGCUGCAUUCUUCAUAAUUUUUGUGAAAUUAGCAAUCACAGUUUCUCCGAAGAUUGGUUGCACGGUAUCGAUGUUAACAUGGUUAAAAUAAGCAUUGGGAGAAAUUAUUCUGUUCGAAUUGAAGCAGAAGAAAUUCGGUCAGCAAUAAAACAACAUAUUACAAGUUGUAUAAACCUUUUUAAUAAUAAUUGA